CUCACACCACCUCAAUUCAAUCUCUCUCACACACACAUAUAAACACUCGCCGGCCGGCCGGAAUACAGUCUUGUUAGAAAGAGAAAAUGUCUGUAACAAAUGUGAUCUGCAUUUGUAAAUUCGUUCUUCUUCUCAUCAUAACAAUGGUCGAGGCAAAGCUCCCAGGCGUCUACACCGGCGGCGCAUGGCAAACCGCUCACGCCACUUUCUACGGCGGUAGUGAUGCUUCUGGAACAAUGGGUGGAGCUUGUGGUUACGGCAAUCUAUACAGUCAGGGCUACGGCGUGAACACGGCGGCGCUGAGUACAGCUCUGUUCAACAAUGGGUUGAGUUGCGGCGCCUGUUUUGAGCUCAAAUGUGCUAACGACCCACAGUGGUGUCAUUCCGGUAGCCCAUCGAUCUUGAUAACGGCGACGAACUUCUGCCCGCCUAACUUCGCCCAGGCUAGCGAUAACGGUGGGUGGUGUAAUCCUCCUCGCCCCCAUUUCGAUCUCGCCAUGCCAAUGUUCUUGAAGAUCGCCGAGUACCGUGCCGGCAUUGUUCCCGUCUCUUAUCGCCGUGUGCCGUGCAGAAAGCAGGGAGGAAUAAGGUUCACGAUCAACGGCUUCCGUUACUUUAACCUGGUUUUGAUCAGCAACGUUGCGGGUGCAGGGGAUAUAGUGAGGACUAGUGUGAAAGGUUCUAAAACUGGUUGGAUAAGCAUGAGUCGGAAUUGGGGACAAAACUGGCAAUCAAACGCCGUUCUGGUCGGACAAGCACUCUCUUUCCGGGUAACCGGAAGCGACCGUCGGACAUCCACUUCUUGGAACAUCGUUCCUUCUAACUGGCAGUUCGGUCAGACCUUCACCGGCAAGAACUUCAGGGUCUAGACCAAUUUUCUUUCUUUGGGGAGGAAAAGGGGAGAAGGGAAAUUCUUGAUUUCCCACCCCUUUUUGAUGUGAAAUCAUUUUUAUAUUACCCAUUUGGAUCCCAAUUUCAAAGACAGUCUUUUUUUUCUUUCUUUUUUUUUUAUUAUUAUUACCAAUGUCUAGGGUUUUAUGAUUUGUGUAUGUGGGAACAGGGCAGGGGGAAGAAGGAAAUAAUUUUCUUUUGUCGUCCAGUUUUGAUUGGGAGGAUACAGUGGGAACAGGGGAGGGGGAAGAUUUGACUUUGUGUUUUAAAUGUGUGUGUGUGUGAGAGAGAAAGAGUGUGGGCUGAAGCGGCUGCGGAAAGCAUAAUUGUAGCCCACAGCAUCGUGAAAGGGGACGAGGAUGAGGCAUAAUGCUAAUUAAUUAUUAAUUAAUGUAAUGUUUUUUUUUUAUAUAUAUUAUAUAUAUAUAUAUAAUGAUAAUGAAAAAGGUUUGUAUGUAUGUUCCCUA